UCAGUAUAGACGUAAAAUGUUGCUUAACCGAAUCAGUUUGGUAGUAUUCGUCUUCUAUGCGUUGAUAGUUUGUGGUCAUUGCAAAGAUGACUCUAACAAGAGGAUUCUCCUGAAUGAUCCGAACUAUAUCCAACAGCUUAUAACCCACCUCCAGGGAGAGCUACAAACCCUCCAGGCCACGGUUCAAACACAGCAUGGUGAACAUCAGACCCUCCAGACUACGGUACAAACACAACAUGGUGAACUACAGACCCUCCAAAACACGGUACAGACACAACAUGGUGAAAUAUCCUCUCUCAAAACACAACUUUCACAGGCAAACAAAGUUGGUGGCGGAUCCACGUUUGUUCGCUGGGGACGGACCGACUGUCCUGCCAAUCUGACGGAACUCGUAUAUUCUGGUUAUGCAGGAGGUUCCUGGUAUGGCCACACUGGCGCUGCAGUUGACUAUCUUUGCCUGCCACGUGAUCCAGAAUGGUUACAGACAACAGUUGUACCGGAUGAUUACACAGGGAGGCUCUAUGGGGCAGAGUACGAAUCUAACACCGGACAUACUCUAUUCGGGCCUCAAUCACGAGAUGAAGAGGUUCCCUGUGCCGUCUGUAGAUCUACGUCUUUUGUCUCCUCUGUGAUGAUACCGGCGAGGACGACCUGCUACAGCGGCUGGACGAAGGCGUUCAGUGGGUCACUUGCGGCAGGGUACUAUGGACACAUAGCUGCUUCUCAGUACGUGUGUGUAGACGAGAACGCACAUCCUCUCGCUGGAGGGGCUGAUAGAAACGACAAUGGUAUAUUGUUUCUUGGCGUCAAAGCUUUUUGUGGUUCUCUUCGAUGUCCUCCGUACGAGCAAGACAAAUUUAUAUCUUGUGUAGUUUGUAUGAAAUAA